AUGUCUGCCAGUCUGAAGAUUCAAAAGGGACAUGUUGCCUACUGUAUUCAGAGUGCCGCUGGCACCUUCACGAGCCACAAUCUGUUGCAGCAGCUCAUGCUGGCCGACAACGUGCACAUCAUUGGGGCGACUUAUGAGAAGUCUCAGGAGGGCCUUGUGUUUGUGCCUGGGUCCACCUAUGCCGAGGGGCGCAACGCACUUUUGUACGAGGCGUGCCGUGUAGAGGUGGUAAGGCUCCGAUUCCGUUUUUCAUACCUGGUUUUCGUGGACGAUGACAUUGAGAUCCUUGGAGGUUCUUUCAGUGCCUGGCAUUCCGAUUUGCUUUUCUGGGAGCCGGCAGUCAUGGUACCCAGCUACAGGAGUUUGUUGGACCAGCGACGGUACAAAGGCCGGCCAGUCGGGGUUUGGCAGUAUGACUCCUUCUUCGUGGCCUACCACCGCGAGCUUGCUGAUGCCCUGUUGCCAUUGAACACCUCGCUGGAUGAUGCGAAAGUAUGCUGGUGGUCGUCUUCCUUCUACAUUCAGUAUUUGUCGGGGAUCCACUUGCAAGGUCAUUGCCUGUUGUCAGAUAGGCUUGUAGUUCAAGGCAUGAAGGAAGGCACGUAUCCGCGGCAGGGUUGUAGGAGAAACUGGGUUUGGAAGCUGAUCAAAGCAACCCACGCAGACAUAAUGCCGUCUCUGGACGAUUUGGAUAAGAUCGCAGGUCCGACCUGGUAUUUGGAAUGGGGUGUCGCUCGAAAGCGAGGAGAGAAAAGUUACGAUCUGAGCAGGCAAAAUGCAACCAAUUGGAGGUUGCAUAGCUGGCGGGCUCCUCCCAUCAAGGGAAGGAGAUGCAAUCUAUGGAACAAUCGGAUGGUAUGUUGGACUCAUGGGGUACCGCUUCCUUUAUUUCCCAACUUUACAACAGCCGAGGCGCCUUAA